GAUCUCUAUGGUGUCUUUUAGGAUUUCCUAGUUAUUCGGGAUUUGCUUUCAGAGUGGAAGUUAGUGAAGCUGAUGUUUAUGAGGUUGACAGCCUUUGCGCUUACUGCUACAAGCGAACAUGAAGAUGGCUGACGGUAUUGCAAUUUUGAGAAGAAAUAAACCGGGUACCAAAGCUAAGGAUUUUAGCAGAUGGCCAGAUGAACCGUUUGAAGAAAUGGAUAGCACCCUUGCGGUGCAACAAUUUAUUCAGCAGCAAAUCCGACGUGAACCAUCCAAUAUUGUACAGAUUCUUACUCCCCCCGAUGGUCAGGAUGAAGGAGUUUGGAAGUAUGAGCAUUUGAGGCAAUUUUGUAUGGAGUUGAACGGAUUAGCUGUGCGACUUCAAGGGGACUGCCAUCCAGAAACAUGCACACAGAUGACAGCGACAGAACAGUGGAUAUUUCUUUGUGCUGCUCACAAAACACCCAAGGAGUGUGCUGCAAUCGAUUAUACAAGACAUACCUUGGAUGGUGCAGCAUGUCUUUUAAACAGCAAUAAAUACUUUCCUAGCAGAGUGAGCAUCAAAGAUGCUUCAGUUUCCAAGCUGGGUUCUGUUUGUAGAAGAGUUUACAGAAUUUUCUCACAUGCAUAUUUUCAUCACCGCAACAUAUUUGAUGAAUUUGAAAAUGAAACAUUUUUGUGCAGAAGGUUCACUUUAUUUGUGACUAAAUAUGGGUUGAUGUCCAAAGACAAUCUAAUUGUACCUAUUUUGGAAGAAGAAGCAGGUACAGGUGAAUCGGAGGCUUGAAAAUCUUGUAACACCCUGUGUAACAGUCCACUGCAUAAUGGUUCUUUGCUCAGACUUACUAACCUUGAGUUAAGGUAAAAUUCUGUAAACUUUAUCAGCACCAAGCAAGUUUCUUCAUUAUUUUAGUUGCUUCCAAGUAGCAAAGAAACAUACCCUCUCAUGCAUUAAGAUCAUUGCACCCAGUGAUAUGUUCGCAUAAGCAUUUUACUGCCAUUAUAUAUUGUGUUGAUUGUUAAUUUUACAGAGAUUACCUGUUAUGAAUUAUCUCUGUUUUGGCCUGUUGUCCUGUGUGUAUGUAUAAAUGCUGUCACCCUGGAUGAACAAAUUGUGUUGACAAGUCGUAUCUCCUUGGUAGAAUCUUAUCAUCAGUCUUUGUGGGUGAUCUAUAAAUCUUGAAUUUAAGUUAUCAAAACUAUCAUAGCUAUACAAAUUGAAUUCUGUCUGGUAAAGGUAGAUAGAUUAUAGAAUUUAUAGUUACUUUGAAUACUCUCAGGUCGGUCAAGAUACUAAAAAUGAAGCUGUUCGAUUUGUAGGCAUUGCUGUUAACUUGAAUACUUCCUACAAAAUUUAUAUUUUACUGAAGUAUUCACAUAACUUUCAUUGUUUCUGCUACAGACUGAUCCAUUUUGCUCUUCUUUUUUUACAAAACAAAAUCAAACCAGCUUAUGCUGUUGUCUGACCUAAGACUUACUGCUGGUAAAUUGGAGUUUGAUAUGUAGCAGUUUAGGCUGGAAAGGACCUCUUGACAAUGUUUUGGUUAUGCUCAUAUGGACCAUUCUGUCAGUAGGUUGUCCUUUGGGAUCAUUUUUCUUUUUUAACUAGUACUGUCUGAUGUAUCAAAGUUUUUAAGGUCCCUUUAGCAACUUUUGUUGCUUGACUUCUGUGUUUGGUAGAACUUGAUUAAUAGGACAUCAAAGGUCCAAGUUUACUCUGCCUUUUGUGUGCAAAUCUUGAGCACAUACUUUAUUGGAUGUGUGUAGUCACCUUAGCUACUAUGUGUUAGCCAUAGUUUCAUAAGCAUUUAUAUUUGCUGAUUGUAGUCAGAUGUGUACUGUUUUUCGACCGACAUCUGGAAUUAAUAUCUGUGGUGCCAUUGAAACACAGAAUGUUACAAGUUGACAUUAGUUAAUAGGGGAAUAAUUUUGGUAACCAUUAAUUUGUUUAUUCUGUGUUUCUUCUGUUAAUUGAUAGUUAAACAUGGUUUUAUUUAUUUCAAAUAAAUGUAAAAGUAUGGCUUUGUAAGCUUUAUGUGUUAACCUUAUGAAUAAAUGUAUCAUCUCACCAUUUCUGGGCGGUUUCUUUAUGAUUAAUUGUUUUGUACAAACGUAUGUACCUCAUCAAAUAUUAUACACCUGUUUUUAUUUACUGUAUGGUACUAUGCUUACCUGUAUUUAUUGAUAGUAUCAGUGGUGUAAUUAAAAUUAGCCUUUUUUGUUCUUUUUUUUAUUUGGACCAAAUGAGUGAUAAUUGAUCUAGUGUAUAGAGAAAUAAAUAACUACUGUACUCCAA